AUGGCACAUAAUCACCAGGGGGAAUCACAGUAUUCCCGAGAGCAAUGGCAGACUAUACACCCGAUGUUUCGCCAUAUAUACAUCGAUCAAGGCUACAGCCUGGAGAAGACAUUGAUGGCACUGGAGUUGAUCAACAAUUUUAAGGCAACCGAAGAUGCAUUCAGAAACCGAAUAAAGAGAAACUGGCGGGAUUGUGCAAAAAACAACAGAGUAGCCCGUGGAAAUCGAACAAGACCAAAGAGCAUCACGGCAAUAUUUCCUGACUUACCAGACUAUAUAGCUAGCCUAGCUGUAGGUGCGAUACCUCGGUCACUAUGCUUUCAACGCUUCCAAAAUCAUUUUCAAGUGCUUCAUUCACUUAACAAGUACAUUAAAGGCUUCUUUGAUACCUCACUUUCACGGCUUGCGCAACAGAACAAUGCUACUAUCCAAGAUGCAAACGGUGCAGAGAAGGAAGGAAGUGGACAGAAACCAGCUAUUGGUGGAAGAUGGUGCCGUGCUUUGAGCAUUUGCCAAGAGAUCUCGAUACUGCCUCGGAAGAAACGGGAUUUCAUUGUUUCGAGCAGCCUCAUUAAGGACAAACUUAACAAAAAGGCUUUUAAGCAGAAAGGUAUCCAGGAAAUGCAGGAAAUCACCACAAAGAUUCUCAACGAAAAGGUCUUCACACGGCUGGAGGUGAACGACAAGGAGUCUACUCCCAAGGACCUACCUGCACUAUGGAGCGUUUGUCGCCUCUUACGUGGGCUUUCAUCCCAACUAGGCUAUGCCGAAGACUCUCAGGCUUUAUUGAUGAGACUCUUCCUUAACGGGCUAAGGGAGGCUUUCGCUCGCAUACUUCGAGGUUCCAAUACCGAGAUGGGCCGCGCUCUUGAACUUGUCCAGGACAUCCCGCUGGCGGAUCUCAAGGAUAUUGCUACUUUAAGUUGCCUAUGCUCAGCUAGAGCACUAUCAAGUAGACUUGAGCCACAUGAUCCAGUUGUCCUAGAAGCCUGGGCAGACUACUACCAGCAUCAUGACCGGCGCAAGCUGAAGAAAGACGUGUUCCUUGCCCAUUACAAGAGAGCUUACGAAGAAACAAGAGCUCGAUAUGAAACUACGGAAGAUGGGUUGUAUGAUGAAAGAACACUCCUUAUCCUGAUCAAUUACAGCUAUGCCGCUCAUUACAUCUGUCACGAAAAGGCAUUGGCGGAGCAGCUCUCGUCAGAACUUUGGGAACAGACGGGUGCUUUACUUGCUGAGCAGGACCCACCAGAGUCCUGGUCAGUCAAAGUCCAAGGAAUGGCCCAGGCAGCCAAGAUACAAGCCUUGCUUUGUUUUGAAGAGCAUGGAGACAAGUUCAGAUGCUACGACGAUCUCCGAAAAGCUAUACAUAACUACAACUUGGGCAAUGCACAUACCGGAGAGCAGUGCCCUGACGAGAUUCCCCAGGUCGGUGAAAGAAGGCAUGAGAUAGUCUGUUUGCCUCCAUAUGACCUGGAGGUCCAGCAUUCGUUCGGCAUACAACAGAUACUUCAAAAGCUAGUCUUGAGUCCGGACUUGGGGUUUAAACUCUUGGCGAUGGAAUUGCAAGACCUCUUUGCGACUUUGCUAAAGACUGAAACUAUGACGAUGGCAAAGCUGAGUGUAGCCACAAGUAAGCUGGAUGACAGCAAUGACGAGGACUGUCAAUUGAUUGCUGCAGGACUGUAUGAACAGCAAGACUCCAUCAUAACCGCCUGUCGCAGAAACGUAUAUAGCUUGGUCCGGUCUGCUGGAAUUCUGUUCAGGAAAGCAGAAGUUCCACCGCUGACGAAGAUGGAGCAGUCUAACUUGAAAAGGUACUUGGAGAUCAGCAUUCAAAGAAUGAGGGCCCAAGGGAAAGAAUGCCAUCUUAAAUCAAAAACACUGAGAGGAUUGGUUGUUAAUUUUGAUAGCUUCGUCAAGACUUGA